GUAAGGCAUAAUUAUAAACCACUUUGCCCGGCACCGAUGCUGUUUUGAGAGAGCUUCUUUUCACUUAUUACCUUCACUUAAAAGACCUCGAUCCACACUCCUAUACCUUAAUUUUCUUUUCCUCAAACCUGAAGCAGACAGUAAACCGUAGACAAGAAUCAACUCGGGACCCACCCAGAAAAAACAAAGACAUGGCAUCAGAGGGACUCAAGGUCGUCUUUGGCGGGGCCGUCAUUGGAAACUACGAGCACUGGCAGGACGACAAAAACAUCAACGAUGCCUUUGACAUGCUCCUGGCUCAUGGAGCCAACACCAUCGACUCUGCCCAGCUCUAUGGAGAGUCUGAGAAGAAGCUCGGUGAACUCAAGGCCGGAGACAGGUUCACCAUUGACACCAAGUGGCUCGGUGGGUGGACACUCGGUUCGGCGACCAAGGACAACAUCGUCAACACGGCCAAGGACAGUAUCAAGAAGUUGGGUGUGAAACAGGUCGACAUCUUUUACAUCCACGCUCCUGACAAGGACAGUCCGAUCGAAGAGACGGUGGCCGGGGUCAACGAAGCCUACAAACUCGGCCUGUUUAAGCGUUUCGGCCUGUCCAACUACUCGGCCGAGGACGUGCAAAGGGUCUACGACGCGUGCAAGAAGAACGGCUACGUGCUCCCGACGGCCUACCAGGGCAACUACAGCCCCGUCACUCGACUCCAGGAGACGAAACUGUUCCCCACGCUCCGCAAGCUCAACAUGGCGUUCUACGCCUACUCGCCCAUGGCCGGUGGGUUCCUGACCAAGACGGCCCAGCAGAUCAAGGACGGCGCCGGUCGGUUCAGCGAGCAGGCCCUGGGCGGCAUGUACCGGGACAUGUACAUGAAGGAGUCGUUCCUCAACGCCCUGGCCAAGUGGGAGGUCAUCGCCAACGAGGAAGGCUGCUCUCGCGCCGAGUUGGCCUACCGUUGGGUGGCGUACAACUCUCCCCUCAAGAAGAGCCACGGGGACGCCAUCAUCGUCGGCGCCAGCUCCAAGCAACAGCUCGAGCAGACGCUCAAAGGCUUGGCCAAUGGUCCUUUGAGUGACAAGGCCUGUAAGGGCAUCGAUGAGAUCUGGGAGAGCGUCAAGGACGAAGCUCCGUAUGACAACUACUCUCGGUAGUUUCAUACUCUUCGCGAAAUAGAUGGAUCCGUAUGGAGUACGAGGAGAAAAGUAAAUCGUCAUCCAGAAUAGGGAUAAAAAAUCAAUCGAUACCGCAUAAGACAUCUCACUCUCUCUUCG